AGUGUGGGGAAGCUCGAAGAGGAGAGAGAAACAAUCUCUCGGCCACUUUGCAACAUUCCUAUAGCCAAAAAAAUCACUGAAGGAAGUUUCUUUUUUGUUUUGGUUUUUUUUUCAAAAAAUUUUUUUUUUUUUUGCUGCCCGUGUUGAACUCUCGCCGUUAUUGUUAUUUGCAGCCAGUUUAUUUUUGAGCUUACCCAACCCCCCCUUCCCCACUUAAACCUCCCCGAAAAGUCAAAGCAGAGAGACGGUGAAUAUUUUUGGGGCACAUUUUUAUUAUUUUUAUUUGCAACUGCGAAGAUUUCUUUCCCCCUUCCGCACCAGCCUUUUUUUUUUUUUUUCCCUUCUCCCCCCCUUUUUUUCCUUCCCCCUGCGCUGAUGCCGAAGGGGGUGUUUUUGAUGUGGUUGCUUUGGUGGUGAUCGUCGCUGACUUUCCAAAGAGGGUGUUUUCGCCGCCGCUGCUGCUGCUGCUGCUUCUCUCCGCGUUGUGUGUGUGCGCGCGUGCUUUUUUUUUGGUUGCUGCAUCGACGCUGGGAAGAUGCUUCUGGAUGCUGGACCGCAGUAUCCCGCCAUAGGAGUCACUACCUUCGGAUCCUCUCGCCACCACUCCACGGCCGAUGUCACGGACAGAGAAGUGGGGCUGGGGAUCAACCCCUUCGCCGACGGCAUGGGCGCCUUCAAAAUCAACCCCAGCACCCACGAGCUGGCCUCGGCCGGCCAGACCGCCUUCACCUCGCAGGCGCCCGGCUACGCCGCGGCGGCCCUGGGGCACCACCACCACCCGACCCAUGUCAGCUCCUAUUCCAGCGCCGCCUUCAACUCCACCCGGGACUUUCUGUUCCGCAACCGCGGCUUCGGGGAGGCGGCGGCCGCCAGCGCCCAGCACAGCCUGUUCGCCUCCGCUGCCGGCAGUUUCGCCGGACCCCACGGACACACCGAUGCCGCGGGACAUAUACUUUUCCCGGGGCUGCACGAACAAGCCACCAGCCACGCUUCACCUAACGUGGUGAACGGGCAGAUGCGCCUGGGCUUCUCCGGAGACAUGUACGGCAGACCCGACCAGUACGGCCAGGUCACCAGCCCCCGCUCCGAGCACUAUGCCUCGACCCAGCUGCACGGCUACGGCCACAUGAACAUGAACAUGGCAGCCCACCACGGGGCAGGGGCCUUCUUUCGUUACAUGAGGCAGCCCAUCAAACAGGAACUCAUCUGUAAGUGGAUUGAGCCCGAACAAUUGUCAAACCCCAAAAAGUCCUGCAACAAAACUUUCAGCACGAUGCACGAGCUGGUGACUCAUGUCACGGUGGAACACGUUGGAGGACCCGAGCAGUCCAAUCACAUAUGUUUCUGGGAAGAAUGUCCAAGAGAAGGGAAACCUUUCAAGGCCAAAUAUAAACUUGUAAAUCACAUCAGAGUCCACACAGGUGAAAAACCUUUCCCCUGCCCUUUCCCAGGCUGUGGUAAAGUGUUUGCCAGAUCAGAGAAUCUCAAAAUACACAAAAGAACUCAUACAGGUGAAAAACCAUUUAAGUGUGAGUUCGAGGGCUGUGACAGGCGCUUUGCAAACAGCAGCGACCGCAAAAAGCACAUGCAUGUGCACACUUCCGACAAGCCCUAUCUCUGCAAAAUGUGCGACAAGUCCUACACGCACCCCAGCUCCCUCCGAAAGCACAUGAAGGUCCAUGAAUCAUCCUCGCAGGGGUCCCAGCCUUCUCCCGCCGCCAGCUCAGGCUACGAGUCCUCCACCCCACCAACCAUCGUGUCUCCAUCCACAGAAAACCAGACCGCCAGCUCCUUAUCCCCUUCCUCCUCCGCAGUCCAUCACACGUCCAGCCACAGCACGCUUACAUCAAAUUUUAACGAAUGGUACGUCUAAAACGCUAAAACAAAACAACAACAACAACAACAAAACACAAA